CUGCCAUCGACAUGCCAACUAGCGAACUCUCUGAUGCUCUGAAUCCAAAUGUCGUGCAUCAACGCAACACGCCCCAUAUGCCCUAUGCAUCUCCUUCUACAUCCCACUUGCAACCAGUCCUGCGUCAAGCGCGUGAGCACGUUCCUCAUCGCAGCGAGCUCGAGCUAGCCAUCAGCGAGCCUGUUCCUCCCCCAGUCGCUGCUGCUCCUACUCCGGUGCCACCUCCACCCACCACGACAGCGUUACGACCACGAGGGGCUCAGGGCCCGCACGGCUUCAAUGCGGUGACAGAGCUAGUGCGGGUCAUCGCGGGGACGAGGCAGCUGACGGAGAUCGAGCAUCGGCGUAGGACGGCCUGGGAGCAAGAACAGGAUGCCAAGCUCACCCGUCGAGACGCGGAGAUGGAAGGUCAGCUCGUCGAAAUGCGGAACGAGAUUGCAGCUCUCAAGGCGUACGUCGGCCUUCUACCUUUCAUGCAGCAGCAGCAGCAGCAACCGCAGCAGGCCGAUGCUAGUCCGAUGGAUGAGAUCACGUUUGGAACGGAACUUCCUCAGACUCAACCUCACUCGGUCAUCGAACCCGGGUCACCGCCUGAGGGAGGUCGAUCUGCGGAAGGUCAUGAUUACUUCGGGUUGCCGGCGUAUGAAGGAGGGUACAUUGAGGAACAACCGGAUACAACCAUGUCUUCGCCUUCGAUGCUUCCCCAAACUCAGCCAUACAUAGCUGCCCCCAGUCCUCCCAUGGUUCCUCCAAAUCGCAUUCACCCAGCCGAACCCAUUGGGGUGCAAGUUACUCAGGAAUCUAGCCUAACUUCCUCGGUGUCGACAAUACAAACUGAAGCGUCAAUGUCUCUGCGUUCAGAAGUUCUACCUCAAGAUAUCAAUUACCAAACUUCCUAUGCUCCCCUUCCGAGCUAUUACGCUCCUAUCGCACCCGGUCAUGGUGUACCAACACAUAUGGGAUAUGGUGGCCAAACCAUGGCAUACGGUGGCGAGCCUCCUCCGGAGUUCGUGCAAGGAUCUUCCUCUCGGCCUCUACAGGCUAUUCCAAACGAUAGGUUCCCGUACCCUGCACCUAAAGAUGGACAUCUGGGUAACCAUAUGAGCUGGUGCGCACCCGGCGCCGACGUAGCUACUAUGCCACCUGCGUCCGUGCCAUUUCCCAUGCCAGAGCAAACACCAUCACCGGAGAUGGUGCUUGUUGCUGGAUCGUUACCACCCACUCCGAGGGAUUCCCAUGAGGACAGCAGCGGUGACGAAAGCUCGGACAUGUCCGACUCAGGCGGGCUCUACACUCGACGGAAGAAUCACCACGACAAAGGUUGCUAUACGAUCCAGCACGCCAUGCGCAUCCGUAUGCUCGAGAUGAUGGACGUGCUAUCCGACAAGGCUCUUCCCGACAGCCACAACGAGAGCACGCCUUUGGCCCGCUCCGCGCCGGUGCGCUUCGUGUGGGAGAAGACCCCGCGGCAAUCGGCGCAUAAUGCAGCGAUGAAACGGCGCGUAGUAGACGACAUGCGCUCGGACAAGACGAGGAAGCGGUUUCGGCACGUGGCGGAGAAGGAGUUCACGAAGGCGACGGUGGACAAGACGUUCGACCAGUGCUUCACGACGAUGAGGCAGAAGUAUCGGGCACAGAGGGAUGCGGCGGCGGCUGGCAGAGAUCGGCAGAGAGAAGACAAGAAGGCUAAGCGAUCGAGGAGGCUAGGAAGGAAGAAGAAUAAACUCAGCACGCGUAUAGCAGCGAGGAAAUUCCGCGCUGAGUUGAACGAUCCGGCGUUUGACGCUGUGUUCCAGGUGGAAUGCAUGUCGUCGGAGGAGAGCGUCGACGGAGACGACGAUUCCGAUGCGGGCUCGGUUUGGAGCGCGUUCCCGGAUGCCCCUCGAAUUGUGCAUCUGCGCGCUCCGACAUGGCGGUCCUCGCGCCUGGUUCACUUCCUCGGGAUUCUCGACGAAUACGGAGACAAAGUACGGGACCAAGAGAAGGAGAAGAAUGCGAAAAAGCGGGUAGCGGCCCCGAGGACGAAGAUGCGCGGACCGGCGAAGGAGAAUUCUCGUCCACCACCCGGACUGCAGCGGUGGAUGAUCAGCAAGCGUUGGCUGGCGAGGGUGGACCUGAACACCAUCGAUUUGCAACUGGACGGUGAUGCUAGUGGGACUGUACGCGACGUUGACUGGUCGUUGUUAGGACCAGAAAGCGAUGCGGAGAAUGGCGAUGGUGGUCAUUAGCAAUGUACAUGCUCGCGAUGAGGGUGAUGUCCGCUGAAGCGUCGAUGAAACUUCGGCCAGCCACCCUCGGACCCUCGCGUGCUCCCGGGCUGUUCACCGCUGGGGUUCAUUCAAUUAUCGCCUGCAUAACCAGCACGCUUGUCUGACUGAGGAGAAGAGUAGCUCAACAUUGGUCAACGCAAGGUGCGAUCAGUAGGGAGGUAGGUAGGUUGGUUGGUUGGUAGUUUUAAUCUGCGCGGCCACAAUACCGAAACAGCCGGGCCCCAGGGCCUCGCACUAGUUGCGAGCCGGGACACCCUGGUCUACACGGUUCCCGUCCGCCCUAUGAGCCAACACACCGCUUCGACCAGAGGGUGUAUGAUUGCAUGAAUGUGUAUCGUACUGUAUGUCCUACCCCAGUCC